AUGGAUGAAGAUUUAGAUAAAGAAAUAGCAGCGUAUUCCUUACAAAACUCCUCAGAAGCAUUGCUUUCUAUUCAGUUACUAGAUUUUAAAACAACAUUUCUGGAGGCAGUAGAAGAGCUGCGUAUGAGAAGGGAUUCGGAAAAUCUUUAUGAGGAACAAAUUAGCAGACAUGUUGCGGAAAAACAGGACCUUGUAUGGCAGAAGGAAGCUGUUCAGCAUGAGAAAGAAGCAUUAAAGAAGCAGCAUGCAGAAGCCAUUACAACUUUAAAAAAACAAGAGCACAAGAUGCAAUUGUACAAUUCAUCAAAGGAAGAUUAUCAGAAAAGACUGAAUGAAUUUGAAAAAUGCCAUGCAGUUAUAAUGAAUCAAUUUGAAAUAAUAAAAGGUGCUCAUGGGAAAUUAGAGAAAAAUGGUAAAUAUGAACUAAAGAAAGUUACAUCAGAUGUGAUAAAAUCCAAGGUUACCUACCAAUACAAAGUGGAAGAGGAUCUCAGUCUGAAAGGAAAGGAACUGGAGCUAAAAAUAUUACAGCAAAAAAAAUCAUUGGAAGUAGAUUUAAAUGGAAAAAUCACUGAAGAAAUUGCAAGACUUAAAGAAGAGAAACAGGAGAUCAUGGCUUCUCUACAACAUAUGCAGCAACUCCUCUGCAGACAGACUGAAAGAAAUAACAGAAUUGAGGUGGAGUUGAAUAAACUAAGAGAAGAAUAUCAGAUCCUUGAAAGAGAUAAUGAGAUGCAAAGGGAGAAUGCAAAAGAAAAUGAACAAAAGUUAGCUAGUCUUCUGAAUGAAUAUAAGAAAGUACAAGCAACUUGGAAAAAUGAGGUAAAAAACAUAUCUAAUGAAAAUCAAAUCCUUAAAGACCAAAAAGAUGAUAAGUAUACACAAACUACAAUGGAAUAUUUGAAUGAGCGUGAACAAAAAGAAAAUGGAAGAAACAAUAAUCUGGAGAUAGACAUUGGUAUAAACAUAGGGGAAAAGGAUACAGAAUAUUUUGAAGAAUUGGGACAUUCUAUUGAUCAUCUGGGUGCUGGUGUUGCAAAUGAAGGCAUUUCUGAGAGUACUGAAAAUAUUAAUAAUACAAUCCACGGGGAAGAUUACUUGGCAAAUAAAGAAAUUAGUGAAGAGCCUAAAGAACAAAUUAAAAUUACUUGUGAGAAAACUGCAAAUAACCAUAUGAAAUCUGAAAUGGAUUCUAUAUUGUUACCAGAGAUCAACACAGGUAACUUGGAUAAGUACAAUGAUAUUAGUAAUGCAGAAAAAACAUCACCAAAACAUAAUAUAUCUGCCAGUAAGAAUAUAGGUAUAAAUAUUCAUAUUGAUGAAAACAUUAAUAAUCUACUUCUGGGAAGAGCGUUAAGUACUGAAAAUUCAGCUACAGGUGUACAUGAAAUGCCUAGCAAACACUUUGAUAACUACAGUUCCGAAUUGAAAGAAGUGAAUACAAAGGUUUUGCUCCUGGACUCUCAAGAUAUACAUGAAUCUGAAACUGGAGACAUGAAAAUUAAUGAAGUUGCCAAAGAUAAACAGAUAAACUUCCAUACUUCCAAAGACAACAGUGAGCAAUUUACUGAAUUUCUUAAUGAAGAAAAAGAAAGAGAAAAAUCAUUGAAUACAAUGAUGAGGAAAAUAACAGUGGAAGAAAGCACAAAACAAUCAUGUUCUUUGCUCAUGAAGACAACAGAAAAUUUAAUAAACAGAAAUAGAAGGCUAUCCUUUAACCUUCCAGUUGUGGAAGAAAAAACAGAAUACUUAGAUUUAUCAAGAAAACGUCAAGAGGAAAUUCAAAUAAUGCCUGGCUCCUUGAAGGAAAGGCCUCUCUCCCAAGAAAUGAAAACUGCUCAGAGCUCAAGAAAAAUUGAUAAGAUCAUAAACAUGCCUAGUGAUGUAAGACAAGAAACACCAGUUUCCGCUUGCAGUAGUAGAAUUGCUGAUUCUUUGAAUACCGGAACUACUAAUCCAAUCCCCAAGAGAAAUCCCAGUGCAGAAUGGAAUGCAAUAGCAAACAGUUUUUAUGAUCCUCUUUUUCCCACAGAACACGCCAAAACAGAGAUUCUGUCACAGUCGCAAAUGAAGUCAAUACAGCUUCUGCUCUCUGAAGUCAAUACAGCUACUGUAAAAGGGAGCUUACAUAGCAUUGAAGAUGGGAAUUCACAAAAUGUCUUCAUGAACACCCAAAUCAGUAAAACUGAAAACUUAUUGUAUUUAGAAAAGUUCUGCCAGUCCAGAAAGAGAAAGUAUGAAUAUUUGGAAAAAACAGCGAUAUCAGGAAAAAUGGAAAUGUAA